UGAAAACUUUUCAAGGCAGCAAUAAACUAAUCCUCUCCAGCUUCCAGAGCACCAUCAAGAAUUUUAAAAACAUUGGACUUCCAGCAGCUAAAUACUUCUGAGGAUUCAAAAGGCCACAAAGCUAGAUACACAAGCAUUCUUUUUCCCUUCAGAAGAUUCCUCAGGUUUCAAGUUUAAGCUGGAAGUGCAAACAGCAGUCCAACAUUCAGUGCAUAUCACUCACUGCAGGAAGAGGAGAUGCAUUCUCUGACCAAGCAUCCAGCUCUUGGGGUGGUAUGUUCUGCUUUCAUAUUCAGCGUGCUCAUUGCUGAAGGACAGCUUGGGAAAGAGCAUGGGCAGGAUGGCAGCUAUGCUCCCAGCCGAGGCUAUCUGAUGGAAGUUUUACGCGUUCUUUCAGCUGACAACACUGAGCUCCACAUGAACCACUCACAACAACUGAUCAAAAUGUUACUGGAGAGAGCUGAGUGCCCACAGCGGAUUUAUGGCAUGCAAGAGGAUUGUAAUCUGUGCCUUGAACCAGAUGCUGUGUUACUCAUAGCUGGUGGAGGUUUAGAAGACCAUCUCAGUGAAGAAGUAUUUGAGAGAAUUUCUCUUAUUCUCCUCUACUACAUUCUUCAUCAUAAAGAUGGGUGUUCUUCAGAAGUCAGCUUGAGUAAUAAGGAUUAUAAAUUUUACCUACAGAGUAUGCUCAGUUUAAGGCAUGAUGAAGACUGCUAUUAUUUUUCACGGAAUGAAACAGAAGAUACGUUAGCUGCAGUAAAGCUACAUUUUAAAACUCCUGAAACCCAGUGUGUUGAUGUGAGUACUCUGGAGAAAAAUGCUGAUAUAAUGGACAGAGAUGGCGCUGAUGAAAACACUCUUCCACGCCUGGCUGCUUUAAUCAUUACUCUGGCUCUCCAAGGAGUCUGUAUGGGGAAAGCAAGUUUGCCCUCUCCAGAAUUCUUUAUGAAAUACAUUUUCAAUUCUUUAAACAGUACCACUGAGCUUCAAGUGACAGAUCUAGAACAACUCCUGAAUGUGCUUACAGCCAGAAAGACCUGCACUGUAAAUGGACAAUUCCACAGUCACAAAAGACGACGUUAUAGUAUGACAGGUAGAGAUAUUGGAACAAGAAAUAUUUCAGUCAAAGCAAAUUAUACAAAAGAAGACUACCUGAAAGGUUAUUUUGAAGAUCACGAAAGUAACACAGAUUGGGAUCAGGUUUGUUUCUCUGCCAAUGAACUUGUGAAGAUAUUUUUAAAAAAUAGUUCAUCGUCCAUUUCUAAGGAGCACUUCAAGCAAAUCAGUCCAGCUAUCAUUCAGCAACUAUUAAGUUGUUCAUGUCAGCUUUCUGAAUCCAAGCAGUCAAAGCUUCCACCAACAACUUUGGAAAAAUAUGGUUACAGCACUGUUGCAGUUUUACUUAUUACUAUUGGAUCUAUGUUUGGUACAACCCUCAUUUUAUUUAACUCCUGUCAAGAAAUCUAUACACUCAUUUUACAGCUGUUUGUUGGUUUGGCUGUUGGGACUCUUUCUGGAGAUGCAUUGCUACACCUUAUUCCUCAGACUCUUGGUUUGCAUAAACAUGAAGUACAAGAGGUAGAACAUUUCUAUGAGGGGAAAGAAUAUAUAUGGAAACUUUUGGGAAUAAUUGGAGGAAUUCAUGGAUUUUUUCUGAUAGAAAAGUGUUUCUUUCUUUUGGUAACACCACAUGACCAGCAGGGCCUUUCUUUAGUUAAUGGGCACUGGGAACAUUCCCAUGAUCUUCCAGUGGAAUCUGAAUUAAAUGAACAUUCAGUCAGAGGCAAAUCUACUUCAACCAUACAGUUGAGAAGCCCAGAAGAUUCUGAGGCUACUGAAGUUCCUCCUGACAGUAAGGUGAUCAGCACAAAAAGUAAGAAAAUUAGCUUGUUAGCAAUAAUGGUUCUGGUAGGUGACAGUCUUCACAAUUUUGCUGAUGGCUUGGUAAUAGGAGCAGCUUUCUCAUCCUCAACAGAAACAGGUGUGACAACGACUAUUGCUAUAUUAUGCCAUGAAAUUCCUCAUGAAAUGGGAGAUUUUGCUGUGCUACUAAGUACUGGGCUCCCCACAAAGAUUGCAAUUUUGAUGAAUUUUAUAAGUGCACUAACAGCAUUCUUAGGGCUCUAUAUUGGCCUUUCUGUUUCAACUGACCCAUGCAUUCAAAACUGGAUUUUUACAGUUACCGCUGGAAUGUUCUUGUAUUUAUCUUUAGCAGAAAUGCUUCCUGAAAUGACUCAUAUUCAGACACGGCGACCCUGGUUGAUGUUUCUCCUACAGAACCUUGGAUUACUAUUAGGCUGGCUCUGCCUCUUACUUUUGGCUGUAUAUGAACAGAAAAUUAAAAUAUGAGUUUUCCAUCGGAAAUCUUGAAGUACCACUUACGACAGUGGAUAGCAUUAUUCACAGUUUUGUCAUGUCUCUUAUAGUGAUAUAUAAAUUAAGUUGUUGGGAUUUUUAUAUCUGAGCAGUAGAUAACUAUUUUACUUUAUUAACUUAUUGUUCAGAUAUUUUUUUUUUUUUUUUUUUUUUUUUUUUUGUAGACAUGAAUGUUUAGAAUUAUGUUUUAUUUGUUACUGAGUUUACCAGAUCUCACUCACAGGAGCUUUUGAUUAGUUUUUAUUAAGACUGUUCUAGCUGAAUGCUCUAAGUGAUCUCUGCCAGUCUGAUUGAAGAAAGAAUAAAACACUUUUAUAUGCAAUAAUUAAAGUGGACUAACCAUAUUUGAAUAAUUUGAAACAGAAAAGUUUGUUGCCUCAUAGUAUAAGGAAUAAAUGUAUUUACAUAAAGCUAAAAAGCAUAACAAAACUAAACUGUUAAAUGCAUACAGCAAUCUCUGUAUAGUAUCUUCAUUAUUUAUUUUGCCAUCAUAAUGAUCCUUGGUAGUCAUAUCUCACUGGUCCACUGUAGUAGGUAAAAAAUUAUGAGUGUAAGUGCUUUUCUGAUUGUCUCAUAGUUUGUCAUAGACGUGAUGGAAUUGUGACACUCAAGCACUGGACCAUAAUAACUGUCAUAGUAACCACCUUCUGCAUUAUCCUACUCCUGACAGAUGUUUGAGGAAGAUUUUAAGAAAAGUUGAAAGGAUUUCUUCACGAAUAUCCCUUCCAGCCUUCUCAAAUCAAGGGAUUCCAUGAGCCAGAUGUUGCUUUUGAGCCAUCAUGUUUAAUAAACUCCAAUAGUGCCUUCCA